GAAGGAACGUUUGGUUGCCGAGUGUGUCAAGUUGGCUGAGGACUCCAGUAAUUCCCUUCAACCGGAUCUUAGUUUCAUAAAUAAUUUUCUCAAGCCAGAGAAGCUAACAAAGGCAGAGAAGAGGUUUAAAGAAAAGGCAGUAGUGGAAAUGAUGAAGCUAGACAAGCAAAUCAAAGAAACUCAAAUCCGACUAGAACCGUUAGUGGAGGAAACCAGGCAGCUGCUGGCGGAAAACGUACGUGUCGAGGAGGAAAACCAGUUCUUUCGGGAAUACCUGACCAAGCAAACAGAGGAGUCUAGACAGCGAACCGAGAAGCUGUGGAACUACUAUUUACAACAAAGUGGGCAGAUCGAACAAAGGAGACAAGAAUUAACCUCCAAAUAUGCGGGAAAAAAUUCAGCGCUUAAAACAGAGCUCUUGCAGAAAGAAAAGAUCCUAUCCAAUUUGAAUAAGCAGUUGGAGGCAAUGAGGGACGUUUCGAUAGUAAAGGAGAAACAGGAGAGAGAAAUUCAGACACUACAGCAGGAGAUAAAGAAAACCCACGCUGAGACAGCUGCAAAGAAACAGGCCAUGCUGGUCAAGUUCUUCCAGGAUAAAGCAUUACUGGAGGCACAACUGAGUGAGCUAGAUGCAAGGCAGUUGGGAAAGAGACCAACAAAGGAGCUGAACAUUAAGAACAAGGCCUUGGAGAGGGCAGCAAAGCAGUACACUUCCGAGUUCCACAAUAGCAUCGACAGACAGCACCAGCAGUUACAGAAGGAACUACCACAGCUAAUUCAGAAAUGCCAGAAGUUGGAGGCUACUCACAGUCGUUUAAAAAAGCAGCAGCAGCAGCUGCAGCAGGAGCAGUGGUACCUACAGUGCUUAAGCCGGGGGAGGCAACGGCUGCAAGAAAGGCGUAAUCCGUGCCCAAAAGGACAAGGUGCUCCAAAGACCACACUGAACCCUGCCCUAGGCACCAAAUCAAGGACGCAUCCAAAGUAAUUCCUAAAAUAACACGAAGUCAGGAAUGGAGCAAGGGUUCUUAGGUGCUACGUAACAUAAACCAGGUUAGGAAGGCUUUGGGAUCUCAGGGUGCUGUGGUUAAAUAUCCAUCAUGAUUUGUUAGUGUGAAGGAUUAGGUGCUUUUCUCCAGCAGUACUGCUAGAUUAUUUGUGGGACUGGCUUCCCUUAAAGUUAGGUUUUUCUUUAAUUAGCUCUUGGUAAUAAAUGGGCUGUUCCUCACACCUCCAGAUAACCCAGUACCAUUUGCCAAAAACCCAGAUGUGAAACUACCUCAAGAAAACCACCUUGAGGAAGUGACAGGAAAAUAGUUGUGUGGUGUGUUUCACCUAGCUAAGUUAGGUUUAUUUUAUAGAAAAAGCCCCCUGA